UGUCAACAAUGGCAACCUAACCUAUCUAAGCUCCGACAAACAACAACAGCAUGGGUGAGACCCACGUGUCAUUGAAAAAAUAAACUUCAUCCAUCCAAUGACCCCGUGGGAUUACAAUGCUCCCCGUUGCAUUGUCUCGUGACGUCCUCGCGAUUCGCUGUGUCGAGGGGUAUAUCAUCAUUGGGGUUGGAAAUCAACUGAGAGUCUUUCGAGCGUCGAAUCAUAAAUUUUUGAAGUCAAUAGAGACAUUCCACGACGAUGUCAUCCAUAAUAUCGUGAAAACCUCUAAUAAACUGAUUGCUUUCGGAGGGAGGCACCUCAGUAUCUUUAAAUUUGAAAUUGAUUCCGAGGAAAUAAUAAUAGAAAGAGAAAACUCUCAUGCGUUCGAUGACUGGAUCAUCGCCGCUGAGUUCUUCAGCGAGAACUCCGACCACAUUUAUAUUCUCUUCUCCCACAAUAAUCUUCAUUUAUUCAAUACGUUAACUAAAAAAUUCAGGAAUGUCCAUUGCGAGGAGAGAUGCAUUUCCUACGGGGGCUACCUCUCACCUGAAACCCCCGAGGAAAUUCUCGUAUUCAGCUGCACUGUCUUCCAAGAAAUUUUACUAUGGAAAGUCGAUAACAGAAUUGAUUAUUCAUCUGAUGUAGCUGUUCUGCAUCGGUUGAAGGGACAUAAAGGCGUAAUUUUCUCAGUGUUUUAUCAUCCAGAACUGAAGCUCAUUACCUCCACCUCGGACGAUAGGACCAUAAGAUUGUGGAAAGUUGUGGAGAACGACGUGAAUUCGAUUUCUCACUCGAUAGAAUGGAAAAACGUCGAGGUCAGGUUGUUAACCACGAUGUUUGGACACACCGCACGGGUUUGGAAAUCAAUUGUCACGGAGAAUAAUGUUAUUAGCAUUGGAGAGGAUUCUCUCAUCUGCAUAUGGUCUCUAACCGGCGCCCUCCGCAACAAAAUAAUCGCCCACGGAGGAGCGCCCAUCUGGAGCAUCGAUAUAUCCCCCGACAAAUCAAAAAUAAUCACCGGUGGCGGUGACGGUGGGGUCACCACCUGGCCCCCCUCCUCCCUCAAGCCCCCCCUCCUGACCCCCAAAUUCACCUACGAAAGCAAAACUCCGAAAUUCGUGAGCUACCUAAACUCAGGAGCUCGCGUAGUCUUCCUAGACGGCGGCGACCUCCUCCUCUACGACCAACCCAAUCAAUUCACUCGAACCCCUCAACCCAAAACCACCAUCAGUCUCCCAAGACUGAAAAGCUACUGCCUCACGCACACCUCCCCAGACCGAAAAAAAAUUGCGUUUGCAUCUCAAGACGGUCACGUCAUAAUUUACGAAGAAAAAAUUCUCAAAAAAGACUCAAACGAGCGACUCCACCAGGUGAUCGACCAAAAGGUGGUGAACUCCAAGAUAUUCUCCCUCCACUGGCUCUCCCCCACAGAAAUCCUGGUCUGCGGAGCCCAAGGGGCCCUGAAAAUCCUCCACCUCAGCCAAAAAAACCUCGAAAUUCAUUCAGAAUUCACAUUACCCCCCAGUAAAGAAUGCUGGACGACGUCAGCAAUAAUAUCCUCGACCCUGCUGAUCUGUGGGGACCGCACAGGCAGCAUAAUCGUCUACGCACUCGCCCCCAGCCCCUCGAAGACCCCAAAGCAGAUGUUCCCGAGAAUCCAUGGAAGACUCGGAGUGCAGUCCUUCGGAAGUUCAGGAGGGAAAAUCAUCAGUACCGGAAGGGACGGGACUCUGAGGUACCACAGACUCCUCGAAGAUGAUUCUGGGGGGUACCUGAAGCCCCUCCACUGGAGGAAAAUGCCGAUGGAGUGGGUCAGCAGGUCCGUCAGUACCAAUGACGACGUUUACAUCCUAGGGUUCAAGGAGAUUGAGUUCAUGAUCUACAGCACUCGUCUCGGUAAACUGGUCCUGAGGGUCAUCUGUGGAGGGGGACACAGGUCCUGGGACUGUCUCUUCAACGAUGGAACUGUUAAUUUCACUUGCAUAAAGGAUAAACAAGUGCAUUCGAUGGAGAGCGUUCCUAUUGAGUCGAGUGGAACGAUAAUUCCAGGGGUUCAUUCCAAGGAGGUGCACUCCCUAGCUGUCCUGCCCACUGCCAGACACACGAUUAUUCUGUCUGGGAGCGAAGACUGCAGCAUUCGGGUCAGUGCCCUACACCGAAAAAAAUCAGGGCACGAAGUGGUGCCUUUGGAUGUCUACGACGGACACAUCUCGAGUGUUAAAAAAAUAGAAAUACUGAAUUUGGAGGGGGACGAGAACUUUUCGAGGAACUUGGUGUUCUCUGGGGGUGGGAGGGCUCAGCUGAAGGUCUGGGAGGUGAAUUUAAAUACUGAUAAGGAGACUCUGGGGGCCGAGGAUGUCACGGGGGUCGAGUUGACGUCGUUCAUGCUCAGGACUGAUAGGGACAGGAGAAAGUGCUCGCAGAGUAGUGGGCGCUCGUAUUUUCUGGAUCCUGAGACUCGGUUUAUGGAUAUUUCGGUGCAGUUUUGUCUACAGGAUGAGAAUCUAGUGAUUUUGUUCGUCGCGUGUUCCGAUGGGCUCGUCAGGGCCUUUUGUUAUGAUAUUGAGGGGGUGAAUUUAUUUUUUGUUGCGGGGAUUCGGUAUUUUAAUCGGUGUGUUCUGAAGGUUCAUUCGUUUCGGGAUGAGAGGGGGUUAAUUUUGGUUUCGAUGGCCACUGAUGGAUUUAUUAAUUUGUGGAAUGUGGAUUUUGUGGUGGAGGAGGUCUUGAGGAAGGGAUCAGCGAGGAGCGAUGAGGGUGGCUUUGGGCAACGGGGGGUCGAGCCCUUCGGGAGGUGGAGGGCACAUCAGUCUGGGAUAAAUAGCUACGAUUUUCUGAGGAAUGGGGAGGAGUGUUUUGUGGCCUCUGGGGGAGAUGAUAACAAAGUGGGUUUUUCGAUAUUCGAAAUUUUGGGGAGUCCGGCGGGGAGUAUGGGGGUGAGGAUGAAACAGCAGUGGGAGUCCUCGGAGAUUCAUUCCGCACAGAUCACAGGUAUAAGAUUUAUCCCUAACGAUCAAUUAUUAACUACUGCCAUCGACCAACGAGUGGUUCUCUACGACUACAAUUAUUCCAAUGAGAAGUUGUCGGUUACACCGAAAAAAAUCAUCCAAACUUUUGUAUCAGACUUGCAAGGAUUGACAAUAUGUAGAAAUCCGGAAAAUUUUGAUGAGACAUUGGCAUUUGUUUAUGGACAAGGAGUGGAAGUCUUGCUUCUUCAAAAUGAGACAAAGGAUGAAUUAACAAAUUGAAAUUUAUCAAACUUUGUCAGUAAUGAGACAUUAAUUGCAAGGAUGACUGCCUUCGAAAUGAAAUGUCAACAGACAUUUUUCGUAGUUGAAAAAAACUCCCAAAAAAAUCUCUUCACAUUUUCUUUCAAUUACAUUCGAUGCAGAAAAAAUUUCAUAUUCAGAUAAAGUUAUUGAAAAUCAACUUGCGAUUUUCUGCGCGAUUACGUUUUUAUACUUCACAACUAAAUCAAUUUAAUGAAAUAUAAAAUAAUUUGUUACAAAUGAAA